AGAAAAAUACAGAAUUAAAUGAAAAAUAACAGUGAGAUGUCAUCGUCGAGGCGUAAACACAAGUUGCAGACUAUAUCCAAAUUUAGAGUUUUCUUUUUUCCUUCUUCUUCGUCUUCUUCAAAACUCAGAUCAUCAUCAGAUCUUCGAAACCCCAAUUUCACAAAUCAGAAAAAGAGUUGCCAUUUCGAGAAAUUGGGAGAUGGCUCCGGUUGGUCCUCGAUCCGGUGAUGCGAUCUUCUCUAGCAUUGAUCGUGUGAAUGCUGAGUUGUUCACGUUGACCUAUGGUGCAAUUGUGCGUCAGUUACUUACUGACCUGGAAGAAGUCGAGGAAGUUAACAAACAGCUUGAUCAAAUGGGUUACAACAUUGGAAUCCGACUUAUAGAUGAGUUUCUAGCCAAAUCUGGUGUUUCCAGAUGCGUUGACUUUAAGGAAACUGCUGAAAUGAUUGCCAAGGUGGGUUUCAAGAUGUUCUUAGGGGUGACUGCAUCAGUGUCAAGCUGGGACGCGGAUGGGACUUGCUGCAGUAUAAUCUUGGAGGACAACCCGCUCGUUGAUUUCGUGGAGCUUCCCGAUACUUGCCAAGGUCUUUACUACUGCAAUGUCUUAAGUGGAGUCAUUAGAGGAGCUUUGGAAAUGGUCUCGAUGAAGACAGAAGUGACAUGGACACGUGAUGUUCUUCGAGGAGAUGAUGCUUAUGAGUUGCAGGUGAAGCUACUGAAACAAGUCGCAGAGGAGUACCCUUACAAGGAUGAUGAAUAAACAAAAUAUCAAUCUCUUAUCUUCCUUGUGCAACAAAGAGACAUUUAAUUACUGUUUGUAGCCUCUCUCUCUCUCUGUUUCUCUGCAUUCUUCGCUUUUUAAGCAAAUUAUACUUAAUCCAACAUUUCUUUAGUGUUUGUUAUGUGAGAAGAGUUUAAGCGUAUUAAUGUCACUACUACAAAAAUCAA